CUAGCUGGUGAACAUUGGAGGUUGCCUUUAUUUCAGACAGGACAGGUGAACAGAGACAGGAAACGAGGGAGUGAGAGAGAGGGGAUGACGCAAGGGCAGCAGCCUGGGCUCGAACACGGCCCACUGCGAGUUUCUAGGACCUGUUGGACGUGAAAGAUGGUAGUUCUGAACCCACAGAGACUUGAAACCAAUACUGCAGCUCUCUCUUGUAUUCUUUAAAUCUAUUUCAUUCUCAGCUAACCAGAGUAAUACUCUUUUCUGACACAUUUAUUGAUAAAUUCCUUGCUACCUGGAUGCCUCCAACACAGAUUGGACAGUCUCAAAUCUAAUACAAUAUUAGAGAGCCUGUUACAAACAGAUCACCAUUACUCCAUUAUCCUGGCUAUCAAAUCUCCACAGGGUAUAGCGUUACAUUUACAACAAAUAUCUUCAUACUGUAGAACCUUUCCAAACUCAAUCAGAUGAGACACAUCUAAUGAAACAGUGUUACUGCUCAUAGAAGUUAAUUAAUUUAAAUGCAGGCAAGUUGCAGGGAUAAAACAGAAAGACGACAAAAGAUGAGUAAAUAAUAAAGGAUUCACAAUAGGUUCAAGAUGCAUUUUCACAAGCAUUGUGGGUUUUGUUUCAAAUGUUUUGUCUGUAUUUUCAGUCUAAAAGCAUUUUUUCCCAGUACACUUGUACAGACAGAGAUACAUUUUCCCAUACACUUGUCCUUGCCCAUUCUCCUGUGGAAAGUAGGCCUAUGUCCUCCUUACGCCAAUGAGCACUUAAAUAGCCUAUUUCUAACCAAAAGAAUAUUUAGCCAGUGUGUCAACAGGGAUCACUUCCAGCAUUGCACUCUUGAACAAUGUAAAAACAUUAUUAAACAAAAAAGACAGACUCAAUAAUCAACAUGCAGGCAUUUGUUGCUCCACAAUGAUGGAUUGUGUGGUGGCCCUUAUUGCAGAGAAACUUGCAAAAUCAAAAAAGAAAUCCAGUCAAAGUAUAACAGAAGCAAUACAAUUUUAUUUUCUAUCCAUCAAUCAGACGCAUCCGGGAUAGCUGCAGGAAUGCAGCAGGUGGGGCUGACCUUAAAUACCUGAGGUGGGCGGAGCUUUAUUCCUGACUGACAGAAACAGCUCCCCGACCUUUGAGAGCAGCAGGGAGAGAGAGAGAGACCGAAAGCAGAUAAAAAGUAAAGUCCAGAAUGGCCACAGAUUUCACCCAGGACACGGUGUUAUAUUUCAUCCAGAGCAGCGGAGGCUCGGUGAAAAACUCGGAACUGCUUCUGCACUUCAGACACUUCCUCCAGGAACAUGAGGACCGGGCGCGCAACCGGGAGCUAUUCAAGAAGUUUGUCAACUCCGUGGCCACCGUCAGACAGGUCGACGGCGUCUCUCACGUCGUUCUCAGGACGAAAUUCAAAGGAUAUGUCCCCGGCGGCGGUGAAAGGGGCUCCUCCGGGCCGCCGCGAUUCCCCGCCGGGAAGAACACCGAGCACCGCCCGCAGAAAGGCAAACUGAGCCCGGCAGAGAGCGCGGAGAAGUCUCUGCAGAAAGCACAGCGGGGGGAGGCGACAACGCCCGCCGGGAAAACAGUCCUACCUGCGGCUGGGAUCAAACUGAACAACAACAAUGUGGAAAGAAAUCUUAACUUGAAGCAGCAGCAGGUAGUGAGCACAUCUGAACUUUCUGGUAGACCAGCAGCAGCUCAGGCGGUGAGUCAGACCUCAGAGGGGCUCUCUAAGCUUCCUGUCCGAGAUCAGUGCACUAAAGUGGGACAGCAGAGGGUGGGUUUGGGCCCGCCUUCUGCGAUCACACCUGUGGUCCCUUCAGUCAGACAUCAUGGAGAAACCAGCCAGCACGUCCCAGUCCCACAAACCAUAAGACAGACCACAAACUCUCUGGCGCCUGAAGGAAGUCUUCAUCAGGAGCUUCCUCUUCAUCCUCAGGUUGCCCCACUCCACAAAAGAUACAGACCGAGCUACAAGGCUGCCGUCUCUCACGAUGAAGAUGAGGAGGAAGAGGUCCCGAUGAGGUCAGGUUUUGACCCACCUCCUGCGAUCACACCUGUGGUCCCUGCAGUCAGACAUCAUGGAGAAACCAGGCAGCAGGUCUCAGUCCCAGACCCCAUCAGACAGAGCGAGGCCUCUCUGGUGCCUGAGGGAGGUCUUCAUCCUCAGGUUGCCCCACUCCACAAAAGAUACAGACCGAGCUACAAGGCUGCCGUCUCUUACGAUGAAGAUGAGGAGGAAGAGGUCCCGAUGAGGCCAGGUUUUGACCCACCUCCUACGAUUGCACCUGUGGUCGCUGCAGUCAGACAUCAUGGAGAAACCAGGCAGCAGGUCCCAGUCCCAGACCCCAUCAGACAGAGCGAGGCCUCUCUGGUGCCUGAGGGAGGUCUUCAUCACAACAGUCUUCCUCCUCAGGUUGCCCCACUCCACAAAAGAUACAGACCGAGCUACAAGUCUGCCGUCUCUUACGAUGACGAUGAGGAGGACGAGGUCCCGAUGAGGCCAGGUUUUGGCCGGUCUCCUGCGAUCGCACCUGUGGUCGCUGCAGUCAGACAUCAUGGAGAAACGAGCCAGCAGGCCCCAGUCCCAGAAACCAUCAGAGAGAGGGAGGCCUCUCUGGCACCUGAGGGAGGUCUUCAUCAGGAGCCUUCUCAAAAUCACAUCAGUCUUCCUCCUCAGGUCGCCCCACCCCACAGAAGAUACAGGCAGAGCUACAAGUCUGCUGUCUCUUACGAUAAAGAUGAAAUGGAAGAGGCCCCGAUGAGGCAAGGUUCAGCGGCAGGAGCGUGGCCCCUGAGGGCUCCUCUCAGAGACACGGGUGGUGGGACAUCCGCCUCCUUGCCGGGCAUCAUAGACCAGUCUGCACCUCCCACUGUCAUCUCCUCCUCUUCGUCAGAAAAGAAGCUCCCGGGGAUUUACAUCCAGGAUGUGGAAGGGGAAAUUCUGCCCCCUGGUGGCCCAGGCUGGUGUUUGGAGUCAGGGGUUGGGAUGAGAGGGCAGGGGGCCAGUCCCCGGCUGGUGCCUGGGUCUGCUCCGGGGGAGGCAGUGCCCACCAGACGCAGCCUGCCUUUAGAGGCAGAGCUCUACAGGCCGUCCCCAGAUCGAGCAAAAGAAGUGCCGCCUCAUCGCGGUGUCCACACGGACCACCAAUACUCCCAGUCUGCAGGUGUCCAGCUGGAGGGGCCCGACCAAAGCCAAAGGGAGUCGCUGUCAUCUAGCCCCAGGAGCGUCUUCUCCCCCUCGUCUGACACCGGCAUUUCCAGCAGAGACUGGCCGCCGUCAGGCUCCCCUGGAGGAUCGGAGUUGAACAGCAGCUAUGAAGAUCUAUGGGCCAGAACAGGUAAAGGGUCUAAAAUCCAGGAAGUACUUCAGCGAGCCCAAAGGACUGCGUCUGAGUCUGAGACACAUUGUGCCAACACUAAAACCCUGGCACCUUGGCAUGACUCCAACGACAAUCCCCUUUAUAACCAGGACACUGAAGCCUGUGUGUUGCCAUGGCACCUCUCCAAAGGGGAUCUUCAUGACGACCGCGGGGAGGUAGAGUCGAGCGAGGGCUCCACCUCUUCACCGCCGCUGCGGCCGCGCUCGGCGGCCACCAGGCUCAGCAGCAAGUUGAGGAGCAGGAUGUGCCGCAGCCUGGGAGCCAACCUCGACGAGCUGGUCUACGAGGAGGCAAGAGGAGGAAGCGAGGCGGCCCGGCUGAACCGCCUCCACCUGAUCUCCUCCUCGCUCAGCCUUCGCUACAACCUGUCGUCCUCCUCGCUGUCUUCCUGUUCCACGCCGCCUCGCUGCCGCAGCCUCGCCGACCUGGUCGAGGGGGUGGAGAGGAAAGGGGGGAGGAGGAGCCUUCCCGCCACUGCCACCUCCACCUCCACCUCCACCUCCACUGCUCAUCAUGAGGGCCCCGGUAGGCAGUCACUGGUUCCUCUGGAGCCCAGGGAGCACGCCUGGCUGGUGAAGGGGGCGGCGGGUGCUUGGCCCGACAUCUACUCCCUGUUCAGAGAGGACCCGUCCCUGCUCAACAGACAAGACUUCAUCUCCGGCUUCACUGUGCUGCACUGGAUUGCCAAACACGGUGACCACAGAGUCCUCAACACCUUAUGGUAUGGAGUUGAAAAGGCUGGUUUGACCUUUGACAUAAACGCUAGGUCAACAUGCGGCCACACGCCUCUCCACAUUGCAGCCAUCCACGGACACAAGAACAUAAUGCAGCUGCUGGUUAAGAAGUUCAACGCCAACGUGAAGCUGAGGGACAUGGCGGGAAAGAAGCCCUGGCAGUACCUGAGCCGCACUCUGCCUCCAGAAGUCUUCCAUCUGCUGGGAGCUCCACUGCGGGCUGCUGUGGAAGGACAGGGCGGAGUCGCGAACGUAGACUCCAGCUGGAAAGGGGAGCAGCAGCAGCGGACGCCACACCGCCAGCGUCGGCGCCAUCACCUCUCCAUGGCUUCCUCGGGCGAGAGGCCGCUGAUCGUUUCAGGCACCACGAGGGUCAAACGGUCCACGUCGAUCGCCGCGUUCCUCAAACACAAAUCGCUGCAACGGUUUCAGGGAAAUCAGUCCGACUCCUCUAUUUAGAAACCUCAACUGAUGGAUUAAGUUUUUCUGUAACCUGGUUUACUGACCACUGGACUGAACAACUGUUUGCUGGCCAGUUGGGUUCAAACACAAACAAGGUUGAAACAUGAGUUGGGCCUGACCACAGCAUGGCCAAGAUCAAAUGAUAUGCCACAUAUGAUCCACUGUCUGUCCACAGGCAUAUACUGAUCGAUGACUGACAUUUCCCACUGCUGUAAAGAGCACCUUCACACCUAUAGACCAAGGGAGAAAUUGUAAAUAGCUUUCAGUUCUGGUGGGUUCCUGUUCACACAUUGAAGUCAUACACGCUGACAAGGUAGUCAAAUUCUGUUGAAUGACAGCAGGUCAAGCUGGAAUUUAAUCCUUUUCAUGUGUACAUUUAUGUUUUCUGUUGUCACAAAGAGCUCUUAUAGAACACUAAUUUCUGUGCCCGAGCAUUCAAUUUCACUGGAUACGAAUGCCAAAGAAAGAGGUUUAUCACAAAGACUGCUGGAUCCUGAGACGUGUGAUGACUUGAGGCGAGAGGUGAAUUAGCAAACAUGUGGCAGAGCAGGUCAGUUUUCAGCGUGAUUGUCUGUCGUUGUUGUCAGAUGGGGGGGGGGAAAAAACGGCAAACGCUGUAAGUGUAGGAGCCGCGUGGGCAACCACUUUCAGUCUGAGGCGGUGAUUCACUCACACUUCAGAGACACCACUUGUCACACACAUUUGACCUUUUGUCAGUGUGUACUCCCUCAUAACGAUUCAUAAUCAUGCAUCAGUUUUUACAUUAAACUCAAAUCAAAUUAAUGAGAUCAAAUUACCUUAAUUAGAUAAAUCACUUUGCAGUAGGCACUACUUUUGUGAAGCUUCACUUUUUGCUGGCACUGAAUGAGAGGUGUUUUAAGUUGGUGGGGUGAUUUUUAAAACGUAAGUCUGGUUUAUUACAAAUUGGGUAUUGUUUUCGUAGUUUUGUCUAUGCGGCCACAUUCCUAUAACUCUGUUUAUAACCAAAAUGUGAUUCUGCACACUUUUUUGAGGGGAUUAAAACCAACAAGAUAUGAUGUAUUACUAGUAAGUUUUAGAGGCACUGGUAUACAUAUUUUGUCACCUUUGGGCAGAGCCAGGCUAGCCUCCUGGUCUGAAGUUUGCUCUAAGUUGAUGUUCUACAAUGAAGAUGUACAGUAUUUUUCAUACCACUACUUAUGCAUUAAAUAUUAAAUAUGUUUCACAGUUGGA